AUGGAAUCAGAGAUGAGUAAGCCUCAGCCCUUGCAGGAGGAAAGAUAUGAUAUGUCGGGUGCUCGCCUGGCCCUGACACUGUGUGUCACCAAAGCCCGGGAGGGUUCUGAAGUAGACAUGGAUGCCUUGGAAGACAUGUUCCGUUACCUGAAAUUUGAAAGCACCAUGAAGAGGGAUCCCACCGCUCAGCAAUUUCUGGAAAAUUUGGAUGAAUUUCAGCAGACCAUAGAUAAUUGGGAAGAGCCUGUCAGCUGUGCCUUCGUGGUACUCAUGGCGCAUGGCGAGGAAGGCUUCCUCAAGGGAGAAGACGGGAAGAUGGUCAGACUGGAAGACCUUUUUGAGGCCUUGAACAACAAAAACUGCAAGGCCCUGAGAGGCAAGCCGAAAGUGUACAUCAUCCAGGCUUGCAGAGGAGAACACAAAGACCCCGGUGAGGAACUAGGUGAAGAUUCGGUUGCUAUGAUCAAGAACAACCCCCAAACUAUCCCAACCUAUACGGAUACCAUCCACAUCUACUCCACGGUAGAGGGGUACCUCUCCUAUAGACAUGAUCAGAAAGGCUCUGGCUUCAUCCAAACCCUGACGGACGUGUUCAUGCAUAAAAUAGGACCCAUCACAGAACUGAUAGAAGAGGUCACCCGACUUAUGGCAAACACAGAGGUGAUGCAGGAAGGAAAACCGAGAAAAGUAAACCCUGAAGUCCAAAGCACCCUCCGGAAGAAGCUCUAUCUGCAAUAA